AUGCGGCUAAGACGCCUUUGCGCUGUAAAGAAGAGCGGGAAGUGUGCGGUGGAUGAAUCCGUUCGCAGCGAUUACGCUGCAGCCGGAGAGAAGCGAGAGUGGCUUGAAAUUGCCCUACUAGAGGCUAUCAAAAUGCACGGGACAGGUCGCGAAGUAUAUUCGCGAGUUAAAGAAAAAGAGGUCCAUGGAAAAUGGAUGACUGAAGAGCGCAUGAAGACAUCCGGCGAAUAUAGCUUGCCCAGUAUCCGCAGCAUCAUAUCCUAUUGCCAGCGCUUCCCCAGUGCCCUCGUACGGCAAUGGAAGUAUGACCCUUCAGUGCCGGAAUUCUUUGUGGAAGAUGAGACCACUACUUGCCUCCGCUUGUCGGACAUCACCAAUGAAAUGGCCACCACUGACAUGGGAGUUCUGACCUGA